AUGGCCGGCCCUCCGCCAAACCCAACUACAGUCUCAAAUUUCCUAUCUACGCGUCGUGCCCUGCUAGACACACUCACAUCUUUCCUCACCGUCACAACGCACCACAUCCUCUACCUUCGCCGACUUUACCCACCAGUCUCGUUUCUCUCCGCUAGGGCUUAUAACUAUCCUGUUCGUCAGAACCGGCACCCCGCUGUCUGUGCGUGGGUCAACGAUGCCGUCUCCGCAAUCCGUGACCAACUCGAAAAGAACGUUGUCGAAAAGGUCUUGCUUUGCAUCUACGAGUGUGACAGCAACCGUGUCCUCGAGCGUUGGACAUUUGAUCUCCGUUCCUUCCCUUCCGUCGCUAGAGGUGAGGUAGACAUCCCAUUCGAGUCCAGUCCAUCAGAGGACAACGAUCGACUGAGUCACCACCUCAACCUGGCCGACCUGGAAGCGAACUUCCGCGCCACCUUGUCUCGGAUUAGCACAUCAGCGGCGCGCCUCAGGCCUCUCCCAGAAGGACCCGGUGCUACCGAAUGCAGUUUCACGUUGGCCAUGGAAGUUAAAGAUCAGGCUGACCGACCUGUUGGCCGGAUCGACCAGGAAGAGCGGAAGUGGAUAGCUGCCGAACCACAGCCAUUUCUGUCGAAUGAUCCAUCGUCUUCAGCCCCAGCAUCACAAGGAAAUGAUAAAGGAACAACCUCUCUCUCUCCGCAAACACAUCCAGUUCGCCGUGUUGAAGCCGGAGAGCUCCAAAUGGAAGUCUGGGUGGAAGAGGCAGCGGCAAAAUUUGAGUUUGAUCCCCCAUCAACCUCGCGUGGCUCAUCUUUACCUCCAGAGCAAAGAGCAGCAAAUAUGUCUUAUGGUGCAGGAAAAGAGAAGUUUGACCCGGGCAACAUGUAUACAUACGAUCUCGAGCCACCGGACGUCAACCGCAAGCCGCAAGGCGGAGCCAUGACAGACUAUCAGCGAGGCUAA